GAUUUAAGUCGCCGGCCGCUGAGGCUGUCGGGAAAGCGGUGGCGUGCGUUGGCUUGGCUUGCCUUCGACCGUCCGCGGGGGUGGGCGAAGGGCGCGCGAUUAGCGCAGAAGGGCGGCACGCGAGACAAGCGAGGGAGAACCCACUGGAGCAUUUUAGCGGAGUCCGGUCGAUUGAGAGCGAAGCAAGGCAGUGCGGCGGCUUCUUGGGCGCGAUGGCGGGCGGGGGCAGCGCUGGCGAGUGGUGCCUCAUGGAGAGCGACCCAGGCGUCUUCACGGAGCUCAUCAAGGGCUUCGGUUGCAGAGGAGCACAGGUUGAGGAGAUAUGGAGUUUGGAGCCUGAGAACUUUGAAAAAUUAAAGCCAGUUCAUGGACUGAUAUUUUUGUUCAAAUGGCAACCAGGAGAAGAACCAGCUGGUUCUGUUGUUCAGGAUUCCAGAUUAGACACAUUAUUUUUUGCUAAACAGUUGUUAAGCUGGUAACCAGGAUGCUAAAUGAACUUAGCUUCCCAAUUAACUUUGCUUGUUAGAAGAUCACAAAAGAUGACCAUGUGGCUCCGGAACACUGCAAACAUCAUAAAUAUGAGUC